GAAUAUAGGUUGGCCGUUGGUGAGUUUCGUUGAAGCUUCCUUGCCUCCUUCCUCUUCUUUUCUUUUCUUCUUUUGUUUUUUCUGACUUUUCACUUUUGAUCCUUGAAAACAUGAUAUAAUAUAAAAACCUUAAGAAACUUGCAAUGUUCAAAGAUUGUUCAACCAGUUUUCUUCUUCUAUAGCUGGUGUUCAACCCAACUGUCCUUCAAUUUAUCAUCUUUCUCGUUUGGAGGCACAGCAAUAUGGCCGGAAUGCUUCCCGGAGUGGAAUCCGCCCGAAGGAGACGGGUCCAUGGAGGCACAAGGCGGCCACCUCUCAGUUUAUACACAAGCAGCCAUGAAAAGCAUCAAACCUAUACUACCCCUUCUUUGGUGGAGGAGAAGUGUAUUUGACCAAGCAUACAAGGAUGAGGAUUUGGGGGGAGCAGCAAGAGAAGCCAAAGAGAGGUUGGAUGAGAGGUUGGGAGUAAAUAGAUCCUCAGAAACCAAAAGGAGUAACAACAAAGACUGCACGAGGUAUGUGGAGGGCAGAUCCAUGGUCCUUGGAAAGUCGCACAUAGAGGCGUUGAGGUCAAAACAGAGCGGCUCAGAGAGGUUCAGUUGGGUUAAGCUGAGCUGGAAGCCUUGGGCCUCAUGUGAGAUGCUUGUUUGCCAUGGCUAGAUUGCUAUGCUCAUUGGGCUUGUUAAGGAAUGGAAAUACCGAAAUAGAUAUAGUCUCAUAUUAAUCCUUUGUUCCUUCUUAAUUUGUAUAUAUAUAUGGCUAGAGAGCAGAGAACUAUUGCUCUCAACAUUGUUGUGAUGUUUGAUCUCGGAAAACCCAACUAUUUUUGUUGAAGAUCCAAUAUAAUACACAGUGCUCUUGUGGGCUUGAAUUUGAAAA